AUGCCCUCCUAUGCUGCAGGGAUAAGAGACAUGAACCAGGGGUCCCUGGAGCCAUCCCACAGCGGGGGGAGGAUGCACCCUGUGGCCCUGCUCCGUCCUGGGUCGGCCGGCACCAAGCUGGAGCAGGAUGGUCCCUGGGAGACGGCGGAGAGCUGCGUGGUGCGCACCUCCGCCAGCGUCUACCGCCGGCUGCAGGAGAGCCCGCGGCAGCCCCCGGGCGGGAUGAGCACCUGGGGACCCCCCCCACCAGCACCCGUCUCCCCUGGCAGCCCCCUGGCAAGCGGGCGGCUCCUCAAAUCAGAGUCGGAGGACUCCGGAGUGGAGAUGGCCGGCAACGACCACUCGCCAUCCACCCCAUUGGGCUCCGAAAGCAGCUUCUCCCUUGAUGGCUUCCCACCAGCAAAGAGCCCCCCCGGAGAGGAGCCGAGCACUGAACCCCCCCGGCUGCCCCGCAGCUGCUCGGGCAGCAAGAAGUUGGUGCAGGCAGCGCAGCGCAGCAGGAGGCAGCGGGUGCCCGGGCGCUGCCCGCGACAGCUCGGCCGAUGCAGCACCAGCUCGGCCGACCUGCGGGCAGAGCCGGCACGGGACCCCCGGGAACCGGAGGAGCCCAGCGCGGAGGACCCUGAGGAAAUGGCUGGGCUGGAGGUGGUGCUACCCGUGCCAGGGCAGGGGCUGCGAUACCUGGAGCACGUCUGCCAGAUGCUGGAGCGCUUGGCCCGGCUGCAGCAGGACAACCGGCUCCUCCGGCAGCAGGCGGCAGACGCCCGGCGUACCCGCCCUGACACCGUGCCCACCCGGGAGGUGCCGGGGCAGGAUCCGGCCGUGUGGAGGGGCGAGCGGUUCCGCCCGCGCUCCUGCUCGGACAGCCAGGCACCAGGUGAGCAAGGUGGGAUGCGG